AUGUAUCCUGAAUUUACAAAGGAAACAAUGGGCAGGGAAUGUGGUAGUAUCGUCUCAGUCAAUACUUUGGUGCAUGGCAUCUAUGAUCUAACCAACAACAAUCCCCUUAUUCUGAAACCAUGGGAUCCUGAUAUGGAUAUGGAUAAACCAGAGCUUCAGUCUGCAUUGUUUAAGAUCGUGGCACAACUAGGGAAGCCAAUCAGGAGAGACCAGGCUACAAUUUGUAGAGAUAAAUUGCAGUUUGCUAGGGUAAUGGCGGAUGUGCCAUUUUCACAAGACUUACGUGAAUACAUCUCUUUUAGAGAUGAGAAUGGAGUAAUGGUGAGAGUUUCUUUAUUCUAUGAAUGGAGGCCAACAAUGUGCACACAGUGCAAGAUGUUUGGUCACUUACAGGUUGAGUGUAGACAAGGUAGGAAGAGGGUUUGGGUAAAAAAGAACACUAAAGCUUCACAACCUGUUCCAGCUUCAGUCCAACCAAUCAAUGAACAGGUGACUAGCCCUAUUGUGGAUCAAGAGGGGUUUUAG